AUGAGCGAGCGGCUCUAUUAUUUUGUGAUCGUCGGACGAGAUGACCGUGUUCUCUACGAUCUCUUGUAUCCGGCAUCGCUCUCCGAGCUGGACUGGAGAACGAGCUCAGAGCUCUCGAGUCCGGCAGAGCGUGGAGACUUCGAGCCCCAUCAUUUCAUACCGAGCAUCCAGGUUCUCCUGCAGUUCGUUGCCUACAGCGCUCUGGACCAUAUCGAGGAGAAAUAUUGGUUAACCUCGGCCCGAAGUUUGAAGCAUAUCUUCCGAUUCCGUGACUGGUCUGCAUCGGUUCAGCUCACGCCGAACGCAGCCACGCGCUUCGUAUUAGUGCAUGGGGCUAGCGACGAUGCGUCACGGAACGUACGGGCGUUUCUGCACGCCGUGUACGAGGCCUAUGUGCCUCAUGUGGUGUGCAACCCAUUCCAAGAAGAGGAUGCACCGAUUACGAGCAAGCGGUUCCACGAAGUGGCUAAAAAUCUCGCAAAGCGCUACUUCUCCGGUUAG